AUCUUCCCGUAUAUAUAAACUUGUCGUGAACGGGGAGUUAUCGUUUUAGUUUGGUCUUAGAUGUCUCAGAAGACUGUUUGAUUGGCUGCAAUAUGGUGUAUUUGAGUGCAGUUUUAUUACUUUUAUAUUCUACUUGUGUUCUUUCUGAUGAAGGUUUACUCACACCAUGCAAAGUUGACGAUACAGCAUGCCUGAGUAAAACAACGCAGCAAUUUCUAGAGAAGACAUCCCAAGGCAUACCAGAAUAUGACAUAAAAGCUAUUGACCCUCUGAUCAUUGACAACUUGGACAUCGAAAUUGGGGACGAUUUACAAACCGUAUUACACUACAAGAACCUAACCAUAACAGGAUUGAAGAAUCAGCAGUUCUCGGACAUGAAGAUGGACACAAAUGCAAAAUCAGUAGUGUUGCAAACAAGAGCAGAUUUGAAUAUAGUCGGAGAUGUUACAGUAGAACUAGGAAAAAUGCAGAAGUCAUUCUCAGGCACUUAUACGCUUAAAGGAACUGCAUUGGGGACGUCCAGUUAUGGCUAUAGUUUCAGAACCGACGACAAAGGAGUAGAACAUUAUGAAGUUGGGCCCGAAACAAUUUCAUGUCAAACGGUAAACGAGCCAGAAGUUACACUUGGACCAGAGCUCAGGCAAGCAAUAGAUCAAGAUGAGAUCCUGAAGGAAAAGAAAGAAAAAUUCAAGCGAAAAGAACUACAGAAAUUAGUUUUCUGCAAGAUGGUAGAGAAAGCCUACGUGACUGUUGUCCAUAAUAUUAGAGCAGCUGCAAAAAUUUUGCCAAAAAGUGCAUUCUUGGAAGGAGUUUAAUAGAGUUUUUGCGUUUACCUAAAACAAACUUUAAAAAUAAUUUAUAUUAAUUGAAGCCCAAUUAAAUAACACUAAGUAGGUACAGCUGA